CCUUCAUUGAUAUCAAUUUCAUUGAUAUAGAACUAAGUUUUACUAAUAAAAGUUUUAUAAUUUUGAAAUUAAAAGUUAAAGAAGCAACAAACAGAACACCUCUAUCAAUCGAAUAAAACGCAUAGUUGUUUCGCAAUCUUGAAAUUCUAUCAAUUUUAAUUUUUUUACACAUUUUGAGAAUAUCAGCAACAUUCUGACUUAAACUUGACUAUCAAAUUUAAUUUUAUUAUUAUUUUAUGAUAUUGUGAUCAAAACUUUUAUGCAAAACGUAUAGAAAAUCUCUUAUACAUUAAUUUGAAUUUGGAAGAUAGAAACGAUAAAAAUGUAUGCAUGUAUUCUACAAAUUAUCUUAUUGAUUCUAAUUAUCAAUAGAACAUUGUGUUGUAUGAGAUAAUUUUAUCACCUUAUUAUUAUAUACAAUUAUUAAAUAAUAUAUUAGUAAAAUGCAUUCCUAAAAGAGGAAAAUUGGAUCCUAGAAUUUAUUAAUACACUGUUCAACAAUAUAACAAUAAUUUUUAUUAUAAAGACAAUUCAAAUUUUAAAAAAUUUUCAGUAUUUGAAAUGAAUUUUCUGUAAUUGUAUAAAAGUUUUUAAUUAUGUAUUUAACGAUAGAUUUAUAAAUUUAUACAUAUAAUCAAAACGAUUACAGAAUGAUUAUAGACUGUUAUUUACUUCAUUAUAAUGAUUAAUCAAAAUAAUUGCUAAAGUGUGUAUGUGUGUUGAAACAAUGAAGUGUAAAAAAAACGUUAAAAAUUAAAUUUUUAUCAGGGAUUGUCGGUUGUAAAAAUCUUAUCUCAAAUAAACAAAAAUAUUUCCAAGAGACUAUUAGCGUUUUCGACCGACUUUAGCUAAUCAUUCCGGGGGCUCGAUUCUUAAAUUUAUUUGCAAGAGAAACGUAUUCGCAAAUUUUGUUCUUACAGAAAAGUUGGAAAUUUAUUGGCUAUCUUAGGCGUAGUCUACAAUGAAGACUUAAGCCUUAAGUUGUAAGAAAAUUAACUAAUUACAAUUAAGUAUUUUUAAAAAACUCGACUGUGAUUGGUCUAUUUCUUAUGGCUUAAGUCUUUAUUGUAGACUACGCCUUAGGCGUCUACAAUGGGAUCUUAAAACGUAAGAUUUAAGAAAUUGACCAAUCACAGUCGAAUUUUAUAAGAAUACUCAAUUGUGAUUAAUCAAUUUCUUAAAUCUUACGUCUUAAGAUCCCACGCCGCCUUAUGGCUUUUAACCAAUAAACUUGCAACUUUUCUAUUAGGCGUAGUCUACAAUGAAGAUUUAAGCUUUAAGCCAUAGGAAAUUGACGAAUCACAGUAGAUUUUUAUAAAAAUACUCAAUUGUAAUUGUUCAAUUCCUUAUGACAUUUUUGUUAGCGCGUUCUGAGUACGGACUCAUAAGUAAAAGUUCCAAAUAGCGAUUUUUCCGAAUAGCGACUUGUCCAAAUUUUUAUUUCGAUUUUUUGCAAAAAAUAAUUAGUAUGCAAACAAAACUAAAAAACAUGCAAAAACUAGCAAACGACUAGCAAUCGAAUAGCGUUUUCCAAAUUAUUAAAAGUGUUAGUACAACAGCUGACUUCAUACCGGUGCAAAAGUUUGUGCGGGAGCAAAAUUCCAAUUGCAAUGACAAAAAAAUGUUUUCUCUUUCCCGCUCAACGCCUUGCGCGCGUGGUCGACCGAAAAAAUCUCUCGCUCGCCCACGAGAGGUGCUUUCGGUCGACCACGCGCGCAAGGCGUGGAGCGGGAAAGAGAAAAUCAUAUCGUCGGCAAAGUGUUCUUACAGUAUGAAUAUUGAUAAACAUGCGGUAGAUACGUAUGUAAUGUGAAAACCUUACACAGUUCGCUAGACUACGUUCCGCUGUAGAUUUUUAUAGUUCUUAUCGAGGGAUUGUAUUAAAAGUAAGUAUAAACGAUAUACUUUUAGUAAACUUACAGAAAUGAAUGCUUUAAUACGUUAUGAUUUAAUAACAGCAAAUUUUAUGCAAUUUUUUUUUAAAGGUAGAUGUUUUAUUAUUUGUGUAGGUGCUUUGUAAUAAAUAAAUAUAUAUAUACAUAUAUAUAUAUAUGUGUGUGUGUGUGUGUGUGUGUAUACGUAUUGUAUAAGAUUUUGACUUAUCUUUUUUAUAUCAACAAUUUAGUGUUGUUUGAUAAAAAAGCGUCAUAUAAAAUAGGACCUUUCGAAACAAGACUUUUUUUUGAAACAUUAAAAAUUAUACAUCAGUGUAAAAACUUAAAAGUCCAUCCUAAAAAAGAUUAAAUGUAUGUUAGACACAAAGAUUUGAUAUUUCUCUUAUGAUUUAAUUUGUAGGUUUUAUAUAAUUUAAUGGAAAGUUUGAAAUAUAUAUUAACUUAUUAAUAUCUAGUAAAGUAAGACUUAAAAUAUAAAUUUUGUAUAUAAUUACUAUAUGUAUGUAUCAUAGUUACAGACUUAUAAAGAUAACUCAUGUUUAUCAUCAAUGAUUCAUAAUACCUAUCAGGAGUCUCAUUUGAUAUUGUCUUUACAUUAAAAUAAAAAUAAAUAAAUAUAAAAUAGUAAAUAAUAAUAGGAAUAAGAAGAUGUGUGACGAUACUGUGCGUGUUGCUCUACGUAUUCGUCCAUUAGUGGAAAGUGAACUAGAAAAAGGAUGUCAAAUGUGCUUAGAGGCUAUUCCUGGAGAACCCCAAGUUCGCAUAUGUAAUACCGACAAAGCGUUCACUUACAAUUAUGUAUUUCCUCCUUAUAUUGGACAGGAGGAUUUUUAUAACACAGCAAUUAAGGGACUCGUAGAUAAUAUUUUUCAAGGUUAUAACGUUACAAUAUUAGCAUAUGGACAGACUGGAAGUGGUAAGACUCAUUCCAUGGGUACCAGUUAUACAGGUGUGGGAGAAAAGGGUAUUAUACCAAGAGUUAUAUAUGACAUAUUUGAAGUAAUUAAAUCCAAGGAAGAUUGGAGCUUUAAAGUUGCAGUCUCAUUUAUGGAAUUAUAUCAGGAGCAAUUAUAUGAUCUAUUGUCUGAUAAGCAGAAGAGUCAGUCCAUAGUAGAUAUUAGAGAGGAUGGAAAGAGCAUUAGAAUUGUUGGUAUAACUGAAAAACAAGUAAUAAAUGCUCAUGAGACAUUAGAGUGUUUGACCCAAGGUUCCAUGGGUCGUGUAACUGGAGCGACAGCAAUGAAUGCGCAUAGUAGUCGUAGUCACGCAAUAUUUACGUUAUGUGUAUGUCAGCAAAAGAAAGAUAAUCCGGGUACAGCGACAGUGGCCAAAUUUCAUCUGGUUGAUUUAGCGGGAUCUGAACGUAGUAAAAAAACUCAAACCACUGGGGAACGAUUCAAAGAGGGUAUAAAUAUAAACAAAGGAUUACUGGCACUGGGCAAUGUAAUUUCGCAACUUGGCGAUGGUGCCUCUGGAACUUAUAUCGGAUAUAGGGAUAGUAAACUUACAAGAUUAUUACAAGAUUCUUUGGGUGGUAACUCCAUGACUCUUAUGGUUGCCUGUGUCAGUCCCGCUGAUUAUAAUUUGGAUGAGACACUUAGUACAUUGAGGUAUGCGGACCGUGCGCGCAAGAUAAAGAACAAGCCGAUUGUGAAUCAAGAUUCGAAAGUAGUGGAGAUCAAUCGGUUGAACAAAUUGGUCCAGGAAUUGCGGCUAGCUCUUAUGAAUCAAGAACUUAAUAUAACAUGUCCUAAGGAAUACGAAGCACUUGAGAAGAAAUACAGCGUUUUACAGCACAAAUUUAGAGACAUGACGGAAAAGUUGAAUUCAAAUUUAGAAGAAAUUGUUGUUAUGCACGAACGAGCGGAGAUGGCCGAACAAGCUCGGGAAAAAAUCCGAUUCGCUAUGGCAUUAUUAUUGGAUGAAUUCAAGCAAGUUUUACAAAAUUUUGAUACUUGUCCUGAAAUUGAUAACGAGAAGCGUAAUAAAUUAAAAGCGAUAUACGAAAAGAUGUUAGAUAUCCAAAAUGAUGAAAGAAAAGCAUCUGAACAACUCAUAAAUCAUGAAAUAUUCAACUCGAGAAAUUGUGGUACGGACAUAGAAGAUGUGGAAUGUGUACGUGCAGAGGAUUUGAAUAAUGUCGAAGAUAGUUUGGAUUACUUUGACAAAAAGGAAGAGGAACAUACGUUACGGCAAGCGGAACGAAAUAACCAAGUUCAAAGUAUUAAUAAAGAGUUGGCACUCAAAGAAAACUUGGUGUCGGAACUCUUGAAAAGUCAACAAACUGUGGAAAGCCGUAGGAAUGUAAUAGAGAUGGAGCAAGAGAUCAAACGGCUACAUACGGAAAAAGAGAAGCAUCUGCAAACGGUUCAUGCGCACAAUGUCAGUUCUAAAUUGGCUGAGACGCGUCGUAAAAAAGUGCAAGAAUUAGAAAGAAAGAUAGCAGACUUGACGCGCAAGUGCACAGAACAGAACAAGAUAAUCAAGGCGAAGGAGAAGCAGGAUCAAAGAAUUAAAACUCUCUCUAGUGAGAUACAAUCGUUAAAAGAAACUCGAGUCAAACUUAUCAAACAGAUGCGUAAUGAUGCAAAUAAUUUUACAAAGUGGAAACAAUCCAAGGAGAAGGAAAUUAAUAAAUUAAGAAUGCAAGAUCGUAAGCGUACUUAUGAAAUGGUACGUAUGAAAAUAAAACAUGACAAACAGGAGAAUGUUUUCAAGAGAAAAAUGGAGGAAGCUUUUGCAGUGAACAAAAGAUUGAAGGGUGCAUUGGAGAUGCAAAAAAAGGCAGCGCAAAGACAAGAAAGAAAGGUCAAUAGCAAAGAGGAGAUAAAAACUUGGAUGACUCACGAAUUAGAAGUAUUAAUGGCCACCAUAGAAGCGGAUUAUUCUCUGAAGAAAUUGAUGCAAGAUAGAGCUUUCUUGGUACUUCAAUUAGAAGAGCUAAAAGAAAAAAGCGAUUUGGAUGAAGAAAAGCUUGAGACUAUUACAGAAUUCAUAGAAUUACGCAAUGCACAAAUUGCAGAUUUACAACAAAAGAUUCUUGAGUCAGAUCAGGAAACUAGAGCAAAUACCAGAUGGAAUAUGAUACGUACGAUAGCGGAUGCAAAGGUGGCAUUUGAAACGGCAUUCCAUAUAAUUACGCAAGACAGGAAACAACAAUGUUGCAAAUAUAACGAAUUGAAAGAAAAGUACCAGAAUCUAGAAGCACAACUAGAAGAAUUUAAAAAACAGGAGAAAGUUUUGUCCGUGACAUCUGGUAUGCAAGAUACAUCUGACACAUUUUGUAGUGAAAAAUCUUUGACAAAAUCUAACAGACAGGUUUUAACGGAGACUAAUUUGAAUGUAAACAAAAAAUUGAAGAAAAUAAAGAAAAUAGAAAGUAAAAUAGAAAUAAUCGACGAAAAUGUUUUCCUAACGCAUAACAAUAGUUCAAUAGUAGACGAUGUCGACAAAGAUCCAGAUUGGAAAAAAACACCGCUUUAUAGUCGUAUACAACAGAAAAAAUCAAAAUUGUCGGGUCAACAAUUGACUUUUAAGAUGGAAGACAAUGAGCUAAAAUGUCCAAUAAAAUGUGCUUGUAAAACGAAAUGUGCUACGCGAGUAUGUACGUGCCGAAAGAAUGGCGUUGCCUGCAAUAAUUGCAGUUGUUCGGAACAAUGUCAGAAUAAAGACGAAAAGAAUUUGCGUACUACGCUGUUUUCAGAUGUCAUGGAGGAUGAAUGAAAUUACAAAGAGCAAGUUUUCAUUCUAAUUGCAUACAAAAAAUACAUUUACUUAUUAUAGUAUUGAAUGUAUUAUUUAAUUUCAAAAGAUUGUAGAAAAUUCCGUUUCGUGCGUGUUUCGUGUCAUAG